AUGAUUGUCCUUCUCAUUCUGAUUACCAUCCACAUUCUCCACCGCAAGUGGCAACGAUACUGGCUCGCCAGGCAGCAUCAAUGUCAGCCUCCAUUUCAUCUACCCACCAGAGAUCCUCUGCUCGGUCUCGAUCACCUGUUAUGGACCCAGCGCGCAGCUAGAUCCCGCACUUUUCUGGUCCAAAACGAACAGCGAUUCGCGCGAUAUGGCCACACGCACCAACAGCGCCAACUGCUCACCCCGAUCCACGAACCCACAGGCCCCCUUCUGGGACAGGGAAUUUUGACGACGGACGGAGGGAGCUGGUCGCACACACGCGCACUGCUGCGACCCACUUUCGCCAAGACACAGAUCCCCGAUCUGUCGAUAUUUGACUCACUGAUGGACGAUCUGCUGGCUCUGAUCCCCACCGACGGUCGCCCCGUCGACCUCCAGAAGCUGUUCUUCUGCUACUCGAUCGACUCGGCCACCGAGUACCUGUCCGGGCGCUGCAUCCACACCCUCCGCAAACUCCAGUCUCCGGGCGCCGAACACGGGGAAGACGCGCAUGUCGCCGGCGCGUUCAACCACGCUCAGGCCGCCAUGCAGACCCGCAUGCGCCUGGGCAUCCUGCGAGUCUUCCACCGAGACGCCAGAGCCAAAGAGAGCAUCCGGGCCUGCCAUCGGUUCGUCGGCGAGGUGAUUGACGAUGCGUUAGGGAAGGUCGAGGAGGACAACGAGAUACUCGCAGAACGCGACCGGCCGGUGUCGUUGUACCAGGAGACGAUCAUCGAGCAGACGACGGACCGCACGCGUCUGUGCGACGAGCUACUACACAUCCUACUCGCCAUGAAGUACCUGCGCUACUGUCUGCACGAGUCGUUGCGGCUGCAUCCUCCUAUGCCGAUAAUUACACGCUUCGCCAACCGCGAUACCGUGUUGCCGGUGGGUGGUGGGCUCCGGGGGCUCGACCCCGUGCUUGUGAUCAAGGGCACGAUGGCCAUCGGCGAUAUCUACGCGAUGCAUCGGCGUGGGGAGAUCUUUGGCACAGAUGCCCUUGGCUUUCGGCCCGAGAGGUGGGAGGACUUGCGGCCUGAAUCGAUCUGUUUGGGUCAGCACUUUGCUUUGACUGAGGCUGGGUAUGUGACCGUCUGUCUUGCGCAGAAGUUCUCGGUGCUCGAACGUCGUGAUUGUAGACCUUGGCAGGAGAAUUUGACAAUGACGCUGUCGUCCAAUAAUGGCACGUGGGUUAGUUUAAGAGAGUAGAUGGU